GUCCGCGCAGAGCGCAGAGCGCAGCGCCACGCUGAGAGGAGGACCUCCACACCUUUACUGGAUUUGAAAGGCAACGCGAGGGGACCAGCCGAGAGACUAAGGGGUCCACCCAGGUGAGGGCAAGGACAAGAUCUGCAUCUCCCUUAUCUGUCCAUCAACAAACCAAGUGCCUUGGUGCCGGCCACCCACAGGUCACCUCAACCACGACGGGUGUCAAACAAUAAAAGUCUUGACCCAGUGUCCCUCAGACAGCCUGCACAAAGCAAAUAUUUGAGGCCAUUAUAUCUAAUUUCUCCUAGCAGCCGUCACUGAAAAGAUCAACAGUGAAGGGUGUUGUUGGGAAAUAAAAAGAGAGAAGAAAAAGUACGGGGAGGAAAAAGUAACCCUAUCAAAGUGCAGCCUUCAUGCUAUUUCUGCUGCGCUGUGGGCAGAGAGCGUCUCAUUUGGGAGUGCUUUUGGCUGACAAAAAAAGCACUUCCCUCUGCCCUGCCUUCCUAUCCAAAAGCCUGUGUAAAUACUGGAUAGAGAUAUCAAUUUGUCUGGGCUCUAACAUUGCCCAACAAAGAGACUGCAUGCUAUCUAUGGCAAUCGUUACAACAAACUUGGACUCUGUGGUGUUCUCAAUUGCUACUUAUCUAUUACCCCUCAAGGAAGAUUCAAGGGCUGUGCGAUCCGGAAUGAGAUCUGCCACAGUUUUCUACGCUUAAAAACAUUUCCAGACACCCUCACUAGUUUUGAAAUCUCUACAGCAACAACUCAACAACAACUCUCUUGGGGAAACUGUGAGUCAUUGAGGAGCUGCAGUUUUGAUGUCUUUCCCAGCUUGGUGAGUCAACAUGAAGCCCCUAACACCAAUUGGAUCCCCCUCUCCUCUGAGGCUCCUCAACAAGGGUCCAGACUACCUGCGCAGGCAGAUAGAUGGUGGUGGCCAUGGUCGCUCAAUCAGUGCAGUGGAGAGGCUGGAGGCGGACAAAGCCAAAUAUGUUAAGAGCCAGCAGGUGAUCAACACCAAGCAGGAGCCUGUACUGGUGCCCUGUGCCACCCCACCACCGCAGCCCCGGCGAGCUGUUACCAUCCCUGGUAGCCUGACCCCUCAUCUUCCCCCGCGUCGUUCAUCCAACACCCCCUUCUCUACACUCUCUGGCUCCUUCACUUCGCGAGAUGAAAAUGAAAAUGAUGACUCCAGAAAGGAGAACAGACAGACUUCUGAUGAUAUUGAGGCGCAUAACAGGAGCAAUGUGAGCAAUGUAAUGCCUCAAAGCCCCAGGACACCUGCUAUUAACACCUUAGUAGCGCCGCACAGUGCUCCUGUACUCAGAAGAAGCACAGGCAAACGCAUGCUAAGGCCAGACUCCCUCGUCAUCUACCGGCAAAAGAAAGAGUGCAAAAGCCCCAGUGGUGCUGCAGUGGGAGAGAACAAUAACAUGGAAGUUAAGGGAUACAGUUUUGUCCGCCGCCUCUUUCAGGGCUCCAUGAGAGAGAAGAGUAGCGGAGGGGAAGGCAGAAUUCAGAAGAUGGUGAUUGGUGAAGAAAAAGCACCAUCGCGGGAUGGAGACUCCCGUAUGUCUUGGACCAAUGACAAGGACACUAUGGAUGGUGGACCAGGGAGCAGGAGGUCCAGUAAAACUGACCAAGAACGUAGCCCGGGGUCUAUCCCUAGUCCUGAGUUUAGCUGCACGCUUGAACGGACUAAGAAUGGAUUUACAAAUGGUACCACUGAUGGGCUUAACAGUGGUAUCACCAAUGGGAACCACUCAAGCAACCAUGAUGAUGAGAAUGACCCAUGGAAGAGGGCGUCACCACCACCAGCACCCAGGAGGCAGUUUGGGGAGUUGCGUCGCUCUAAGUCAGACCUGCGUCUGUGCUGCUCUAUCGCAUUAUCAGAGCAGGAGCAUUUCUUUGACUUCUGUGGGCUGGAUAUGGACAUGAUAGAGCGUCUGGGUCGGGAGAAUUUCCUUUCUGGGGCCAGCUCCAUAGACACACUUUCACUAGCCCUCCGCAGUGUGGGCGGGGACGGCUGCGGUGCCUCAGAGCCCAGCGAGUUCUCCCGACACUCAGGAGACGGCCUGUUUCAGGAGGAGCUGGCUGAGCAGCUUCCCACUGGGGUGUCAAUCAUUGAGAGAAACGCUCGCGUCAUAAAGUGGCUUUAUGGGUGUAAGAAUGCUGCUCGAGAGGGACCCAAAGAGUCUACUGUUUAAUAUAAGGGCAAACUGCCAUGGAAUGCCGGUGAGAAUCUGCUGGUGUUACUUCUAACGAAACAAGAGUUUGCUGGUCUCUUUCUGAAAUCAUCUCAUGUAGUAUUUGGUUCUGCAAACCUUUAACCUUUGUGCAGAAAUUUGCUGCUAAAGCGCACCACAAACCAAAAGUCAGCACAUUGAAUCGCCACUGAAUUUCAUUCGAACUUCAAAAAAAAAAAAAAAGAACAUUCAGAAUGGGCUGUCAUUAGCUAGCCACAUUGC